AUGAAGCGCUUGGUCCACAUGCAGUAUGAGCGUUGCCACCACACGGUGGAGCGGCUCGCAGACCUACGCCGCCUCGCGGGCGCGGGGGACGCGGGGGCGCCCCGGCAGUCCUCGCUGUCGGGCGCGGCGGCCUCCGUCGCCGAGCCGACGGCCGUGCGGGUGUGCCGCAAGCUGGACGCGGAGGUGCGGAGGGCCCUGGGCGCGGAGCUCCUGUGGAUGCAGAGGGCCCUGGACCUCGACUCGGACUCCUGGGGCCCCGGCCCCGCCGCGGUGCGCGUGGCGACGCAGGUGCGCAGUGCCAGAGACUUGACAACGUGCAGCUGCGGUUGCAGGCUCGCCAGCGUGGGGCUGCUGGGACGCAUCCGCGCAGAGCACGUCUCGUCUGGCUGCAGCAUCGAAGGUGGCGAGGCGUGA